AUGCAGGUAAAGGAACGAGUCUUCGACACUGAACCCCACCGACAUCCUGACCAGGUGGCCUAUAUUGUCACCUGGGAAGAUUUGGCCUCUGACCCACCCCCUUGGGUGGCUCCCUUUGUCACCCCCAAACCCCCUUCUAAAUCUCUCCCCAAGACUGAUGUGGCCCACCUUCACAGGGGCCCACUGCUCCCCCUUUGCCUUCUUCUGUACCACUCGUUUCCUCUCAGGCACCUGCCAAAUCUCAAUUAUAUCCUGUCCUCAAGAAAGAGAAAACCCCUCACUCCAAACCUAUUCUUCCUGCUGAUGAGUCUGAUCUUACAGAUUUACUUUCAGAAGAUGGAGACCCCCCCACCAUAUCAGCCCACUACCCAGGGCACUGAAAAUGGCGGCGACACCCGGCAAAGGGGUCCGGGCAAACCAGACAGUACCACUCCUGCCCUGGACAACAGACUAGAAGAGACUGCUGCGGACUCCCCAGUAGCCGGCAGACUCCAAGGUCGAAGGGAGACAGCCAUGGAAGGAACCUCCCGAGCCUUUCUCUUGCGUCAGACUGCCAGACAAGGAGGCCAGUUUCAAUACUGGUCUUUCUCGGCAUCUGACCUUUAUAACUGGAAAUCUAACAACCCCUCUUUCUCCAAAGACCCUGUAGCUCUCUCAAACCUAAUUGAAUCCAUUCUAAUAACCCAUCAACCCACUUAGGAUGAUUGCCAACAGCUUUUGCGGGUCCUUUUAACCUUUGAAGAAAAACAUGUCUUCCUGGAAGCCUGGAAGAAUGUCUUGGGGAAUGACGGGAGGCCCACUCAGUUGCCUAAUGAAAUUGAGGAAGUUUUUCCCCUAAAUCGUCCCUAUUGGGACUUUAACACUGCCACAGGUAGGGGACACCUAAGUCUUUAUCGCCAGUUACUCAUAGCAGGCCUCCGUGGCACAGGACACUGCCCCACGAAUUUGGCUCAGGUAAGACAGAUAACCCAGGGACCAGAGGAUACUCCAGCUGCAUUUUUGGAGAGGCUAAAGGAAGCCUACCAUACGUAUACACCCUUUGAUCCUGAUAGUAAUGAACAAAGGGGAAAUGUUUCUGUGGCUUUCAUUUGGCAGUCGGCUCCAGAUAUUAGGAAUAAGUUGCAGAGACUAGAUAAUUUACAAGAUUAUAGCCUGCAGGAUCUCUUAGGUUUACAGAAACAGUGGCCCCCCCUUUACCCAGUAACCAAGCAAGACACACCUUUUGACUGGCCUGAGGAACAACAGCAGGCUUUUGAUGCUAUCAAGCGGGCCGUGCUGUCCUCACCAGCCCUGGGCUUGCCAGAUGUCACCAAGCCUUUUGAACUCUUUGUUGAUGAAAAACAGGGCUAUGCAAAAGGAGCCUUAACCCAAAAGUUAGGACCCUGGAGAUGGCCCAUUGCCUACUUUUCCAAGAAAUUAGACCCAGUUGCAUCAGGAUGA